AACACAACACAACACUGACUCUUCCCACAACAUCCCACAGUCUCAUCCUUCGAUCCGAUGCCCUCCGUGUGCCUGCCCGCCGCCCGCCAAUAUGGACCUGAACAAUGAGACCCUGAGCAAUAGUUCUAUCAAGCCCAACCAGGCUAAUCCGGAACAGUCCCACGCCUCCAUCCUAGACGACAGCCAAAGCCUGCAGCCCGGUCACGAGUCCGCUGUCGCUGCUGAGCACGGUGCUUCCACGGACACCAAUCGACCGACCAUCGCGCAUACAGAUGAGUCCAGGUCCACUCCCUCGCCGUUCCCCGCCGCACCGAGCCAUUUCCUUCGUCCCUCUCGCGCGGCUACCCGGCCUUCUAACGUGAAGCGCCCAAUGACUUCGCUGGACAAGGAACAGAUUGACGGUCUGCGUGCGAUUCGCGCAUUUCUCAAGGUCCGCACGAGUUACGAUGUCCUCCCGCUCAGCUACCGCCUCAUCGUAUUCGAUACCUCCCUCCUGGUCAAGAAGAGCUUGAACAUCCUCACACAAUGCGCUAUCGUGUCUGCGCCGCUAUGGGACUCCAAGACGUCCACGUUCGCUGGACUCUUGACAACCUCAGACUACAUCAACGUGGUGCAAUACUACUGGCAACACCCUAGCGCCCUCGAGCAGGUGGAUCAAUUCCGUCUCAACAGUCUCCGCGAAAUCGAGCGAGCCAUCGGUGUCACUCCCAUCGAGACAGUGUCCAUCCACCCACUCCAACCCCUCUACGAAGCAUGCCGCCGUAUGCUCGAGUCCCGCGCCCGCCGCAUCCCCUUGAUCGACGUCGACGACGAGACUCAGCGCGAAAUGGUCGUCAGCGUCAUCACGCAAUACCGCAUCCUGAAGUUCAUCUCCGUGAACGUGAAAGAGACGCAAUGGCUGCGGAAGCCGCUACGAGACCUGAACGUGGGGACCUAUACCGAUGUCGCGACGGCGACGAUGGACACCCCUGUGAUGGACUGCAUACACAUGCUCGUUAAGAAGAGCAUUUCGAGCGUUCCGAUAUUGGAUGCCGAUGGCACGGUGCUGAAUGUGUUUGAGGCGGUGGAUGUCAUUGCGCUGAUUAAGGGUGGCGACUAUGAGAAUCUCAACCUCAGCGUGGGCAAGGCGCUGGACAAACGCUCCGAUGAUUUCCCGGGGAUUUACACGUGCACGCUGAACGACCGUCUGGAUACUAUCUUCGACACGGUUCGCAAGUCUCGUGUGCAUCGCUUGGUGGUUGUUGAUGAGGCGGGUCAGCUGAAAGGCUUGCUGUCGCUUAGCGACAUUCUCGACUACACGCUCAACAGCCCGUUGGGUGACGAGGAACAAUGA